UCAAAUGACCUUCACCCUAAGCUACGUGGAAAAAUGGCAGAAUGUCAUCAACGGCAACCGACGAUAAGUACAUGUCGGUUAUCGACAAUAUCAAGGUCAUCAAGGCGAAAUACAUAACCAACCCAAUGCUGUCGUCAACAGUCAUUUCCUUUGUGUUCCUGGCGGGAAUGGCAAUGGCUUGUCUGAUCUCCGUAUUGCCUACAGUUCUACUUUCACUUCUAUCUGACAAACGUCAACUGCUAUCGCCGGUAUCACAGCAUGACACAUCUGUUAUGUUACGAGUGCGACAACACAUUCUUCCGCCAAGUCCAGAAAUGAAGAAAGAAGCCAUACAAGCUAUGAACCUGGCUAUGGAUAUGGAAGCACAGGGCAAACAUGGAAAGGCCACACGACUUUAUGAACAUGCACUCAAACUUGACCCCUCUCAUGCAGACACCCUCACCACCUAUGGAGAAUUUCUGGAAAAACACGAAAAAAAUAUUGUGAAGGCUGAACACUUGUACAGAAUGGCUUUGGAAAUAUGUCCAGAACAUACCAAAGCUCUUACAAACAGAGAGAGAAUUCUACCUCUUGUUGAAGAAAUUGACCUCGCCAAUUUUAAAAGAAUUGGUAAAAAGUUAGAAGCAUUUAUCCGAGUUCCUUUACACCAUCCUGGUUUAAGGAGAGCAAAAAAAGAGGCCUAUUACUCCCAUAUAUAUCACACAAAUGCUAUAGAAGGAAAUACUCUGACUUUAUUGCAAACACGGGCAAUUGUUGAGACAAGGCUGGCAGUAGGAGGCAAGUCCCUGGUGGAGCAAAAUGAAGUUUUAGGACUAGAUGCAGCGCUAAAGUACAUAAACAAUACUUUGUGUGGCCGUGUGGGUGAGAUAAAACUAGAAGCCAUACUUCAAAUACACAAAAGAGUUUUAGGAUAUGUUGAUCCAACUGAAGCUGGAAGGAUACGUUUGACUCAGGUGUUCAUUGGAGAUUUCCAACCCCCUGCUCCAGCUGAAGUUCCAAAACUGAUGAACGAAUUUGUUAUCUGGUUAAAUUCUGAGGAGGCAGUGAAAUUACAUCCAAUAGAAUAUGCAGCAUUAGCUCAUUUUAAACUGGUUGUUAUACAUCCUUUUUAUGAUGGAAAUGGACGGACAUCGCGCCUUCUGAUGAAUCUCAUACUCAUGCAGGCUGGCUAUCCCCCAGUUUCAAUAAAAGUUGAAGAUAGAUUAAAAUAUUAUGAAACAAUAGAAACAGCCAAUAAUGGCGAUGUGAGACCCUUUAUUAGGUUUGUAGCAGACUGUACAGAACGGACGUUGGAUGAAUAUAUCCUGGCAACAAGUGAAAAUCCUGGUGCGUUAGGAUUGAAUACCUCUGAAAAUGUGAUACCUUUUGAUGACAUAUGAUAAUUGUUUUAUAAAUAGGUAUUGUUAUUUAUUUAUUUGCUAUUGUGUCUGUUUUUACAUGUCAAACAAAGAAAUUGUUUUAAAAAGUAUUAAACAUAUUUUAAUGUGCAAUAAAUAUUUGUAUUGCUAUUGCA